ACUUCAAAAAAUCAACGAAGAAAACCGGCCAAGAUGUUGAUGCAACAUUACAUGAAAAAGAACAUGCCCAGCAAAAGCUCGUCGGUGAGCAAAGGGGUGGGGGGUUAUAGGCCUACCAUCGACUGGCACGAGAUCACCAUCAAGCGGAAGAACGUAGCAGACCGGCAGGUGUUGGCGUGCAUCGUGCUGUCCGGCCUGCUCAUCAUCAUCGUCGGGGUCGUCAUCACUAUCCUCGGGUUCUUCGUCAUCAAGAGCCAGUGCCCCUUCGAAUGGGAAAAGGGAAGUGACUCCUGCUACUACUUCGCCGAGCACAACGCAUCGUGGGAGGAUAGUCGCGGGUACUGUGACGGCCAGGGAGCGAAUCUGCUCGAUCUACAUACAGUCGCUGAGGCAGAUUUCAUCAAAGAGCGGAUGCUGGGAGUCAGCUGGCUGGGUUUGUACCGGGAGAAGGACGCCGAGCAGUGGGCUUGGCUCUCGGGCGCGAAGGUCAACUACACGGUUUGGGAGAGCACGCCGGCGGUCGCGGCGUCGGUGAGGGAGUGCGUCGUGAUGGAAGAGACAGGGAUGUGGAACACCAUAUCGUGCAACGGUGACUCUGCCUUUGUCAUCUGCGACUACAGUCCAGGCUACAACCCCUUCGUGCUGAUCGGUCCCGUCGUCAUCUUCUGCGGCGUCGUGGUCCUCAUGCUGAGUAUCGAGGUCUGCGUCAGGAGGAAGGAAUUCAAGGAGAAGAACCCCGAGGUGAUGGAUGACGAUGACGACGACGAUGAGAGACAGGUGGAUCCUGGCAUCAUCAACUACGGCUUCGGCAACUUUGCCGCCGAGGAGACCCCGGCCAAGGCGGUGACGUGGGCCCCCGUAGGCUCCUCCAGCCCCGCCAAGUCCCUGGAACCCGGAGGAUCGGGCGCCACCAAACUGGACACGCAGAAGCGACCGGAGACGACCACGGCCUACUCGCCGGGGUCGUCGGGCGGGGGACCCAGAGUGCAGGUGGUGGCCGCCUCCGUGCCGCCGUCCCCGAGCCUGGGCGACCCUCCGCUCGAGAACACACAGUCGCAGGAACAGCUCGAGCUCCUCCUCUCUCCCAAGACGCUGGAGUGAGGCGCCCGAGCCUCGGACUCCCCGCGCCGAUGCGAAGGAAGGAAGCGGAGAAGAGGAGCAGCGAUGAAAACACACGCCCUGCUGCUCAGGGUCGGCGUGGGAGUGAACGUGG